AUGGACGCUUCUUUUGUAAAUAAGGUCAUGAUCGUGAUCUUCCUUUGGUUUAUAGCUCUCACUUUUUGCCCAUCGGCCGCUUGGGUUGAAGCUGGAUGCAGCAAAGAACAGAACAGAGCUCUGUUGGAGAUCAGAAACUCUACACAUGGUCUAGCAUUCGACGAUUUUGACGGGAGUCAUUGUUGUCAUUCACGUCAUAGUAUCAGGUGUGACAAAGAUGGGAAAGUUACCAGAAUCGUUCUAAACAUGGACCACAUGAAGGUGCCGUCAAUCCCAUGGUCUCCGAAUGUGACUUUCUUCACAUUAUUCAAUGAACUGGAGGUUCUUGAUCUUAGCAGCAUGAAUAUGGGAGGAGAGCUUCAAGCUUUUUGUGUACUGAAGCGAGUAAAAUAUCUAAGGAAGUUGUACCUUGGGAAUAAUGCAUUGGAAGGCAAUAUUCCCUCUUGUCUUGAGAGGUUUGAAAACCUUGAAAUUCUUGAUCUAUCGCAUAAUCGCUUGCAGGGUCAUCUACCUUCGAUUUUCUCUAACCAGAGUAAGAUUACGAAAUUUAAGGUUUCUGGUAAUCGAUUAGAAGGGGUGUUGUCAUUUUCCAUAUUUGCCAACGCUUCUAGUCUUGACUACCUCGAUCUUUCAAACAAGAAGUUGGAAGUUGAAACAGAGUCUCCCUCCUGGGUGCCCACCUUUCAGCUAAGUUUUCUGUACUUGGCAGGCUGCAGCCUCAACAAGAAGAAUGGUCACGUUGUCCCAGCCUUCAUAUCCAACCAAUAUUUAUUGCAUUUGCUAGACUUGUCUGACAACUCAUUAGAAGGAAGCAUACCUUGUCAACUACUUUUCAACAUGAAUAUCACAGUUUUGUCCUUGAGUCGCAACAAAAUCGAUGCUUCUUUCCUUGACUGCUCUGCUAAUGGAACUUCACCACUUGAGUGGUUGGACAUAUCUGAUAAUCAUGUGAAAGGCUCUCUUCCAGGAAAAAUUGGAUAUCUUCAUCCACAACUGCGUCUUGUUGACAUGUCCUCAAAUGCAUUAGAAGGCAACAUUCCUUGGUCCUUUGGUUAUCCGCCUCUCGAAUUUUUGGACCUUUCUCAUAACAUGCUCUCAGGAACAAUACCGCAGAGUUUGACUAGAACUGGCACGCAACUCAUGUUUCUAGAUUUAUCAAACAACAAAUUGCAAGGACAAAUGCUCCCAAAGGAUGCGAACAUCACAAGGUUGAGGAUCUUACAUCUAAGUGGCAAUCACUUCGAAGGAGUAAUCUCUCCCAGCAUAUCAAACUGUCCAUCUUUAAUAAUCCUAGAGGUUAGAGACAAUGACUUGUCCGGAGGUAUUCCCUCCUGCCUUGAUAACAUUACUUUCUGGAACAAGAGUUCUCCAAGCCUUACUUACUGGAAUAACUUUGCCAAAAAACUUCAUUUACGGUUUCCCUACGACCUAUUUGGAGAUGAUUAUAUGCCUUUCCUAACAUCAGUAGCUCAAUUGUCUUUGUUCAUAAAAAAUAGGUUACAUACUUUCAAAGGUAGCCCUCUCUUGAUGAUGACCGCAAUUGACCUGUCAUCUAACCAGUUGACAGGUAGCAUUCCUUUUGAAAUGGGAGAACUGUCACAGCUUCGGUUCUUGAACUUGUCGAAUAACUCUCUAACAGGUUCCAUUCCAAUCUCUUUUCAAAACUUGACAAGCAUGGAGAGUUUGGAUCUUUCUCACAACAAGUUGAGUGGGAGAAUCCCUUCUGAAUUGGUUGGACUCACUUCUUUAUCUGUAUUUAGUGUUGCUUACAACAAUCUGUCAGGAAGAAUCCCAUUUGAGCAUCAAUUCUCAACUUUCACAAGCCAAUGUUACGAGGGUAAUCCGGAACUCUUUGGAAACCCGCUGCCAAGGGCAACAAAAGGGCAACAAAUCAAGGAUGAAAAAGAAGGAAUUAAAAUGAUUGAUCAGCCUUUCUUCUUCUACGCAUUUGUAACUGUGCCGUAUGCACUCGGGUUGUGGGCUUUCUUUGGGAUCCUAAUCAUUAAAAAGAACUGGAGGCACAAGUAUUUCAGAGCCGUGGACGGAUAUAUUGAGUCUUUGUUUGAGUUACUCUCUAAGUAUAAAUGA